GUGUCUGUUUGAAUGAAUCGAUGAUCACAUCCAUGGAUAACACCACUGAAGACAAAGAGUUGGAACCGUUAAAGAGCGCCGUGUUGUCUGCCCUCCAAAGUGACGGAUCUCUUGACGAAAUUCGCGCCCAAUUGAGGGCUCAUGUGUUCAGAGUUUGUGAUACUAUCGAUGAUAACAAGCAUUGCGUUCAACACAUCACGAGCGCCACCGAUGACCACCUCUUCGUCGACCAACUCAUCGCCGAAUAUCUUCGUCUCAACGGUUAUAAACACUCGUUAAGUGUGUUCGCGUUAGAGAGUGGUCAACAAAAGCAGUCAAAGUUUGACAGGUCUUCGGCUCAACACAAGUUAGGACUUCGUCUCAAAGACGACAACGAAUCCAAACAAUUGCCACUUUUGACGGCAAUCGUGAAGAACUGUCUGAAGAAGACGCCGAAGAAGUGA